AGGGAACAGAGAGGGAGGAUGACAUGCAGCUAAGCACCAAGGGCUGGAUCUGAACCCAGGACUGCUUCAGCAAGGACUAAGACUAGUGCAAAGGAAUAACACUACCAGCCUUCACUUGCUUCGACUCGCUGAAAGACUCCUGUAGAUCACAGUAUGUGUGGACUGCUGCAAGAAUCGGGGGCACAUUGAGGAGAACGAGAGGAGAGGAGACUGCGGCUGUGAUGGACAGAGGCGGCUUAAGAGAAAGCACAAUGGAAGCUGGAGAGAGGGACGGUGACUGAGGAGAAGGGGAAGUGGGUGCACAAUGCAAAGCCCAUGUGAUUGAUGGAGGCCAUGCAUCGCCGGCACACCACGCUGAGGGAGAAGGGGCGUCGCCAAGCAGUACGGGGCCCGGCCUACAUGUUCAAUGAACGUGGCUCAGCACUCACUGGAGAGGAGGAGCGAUUCAUGGAUGCUGCUGAAUAUGGGAACAUUCCCGUGGUCCGCAAAAUGCUGGAAGAGUCAAAAACCCUCAACUUCAAUUGUGUGGACUACAUGGGCCAGAAUGCUUUGCAGCUUGCAGUGGGAAACGAGCACCUCGAGGUGACCGAGCUGCUUCUAAAGAAAGAUGGUUUGGCCAGGAUUGGGGACGGUCUGCUUCUAGCUAUCUCAAAGGGUUAUGUUCGAAUUGUUGAAGCCAUUUUAGCACACCCUGCCUUUGGUGGAGGUCUCCGGCUGGCUCUGAGCCCUCUGGAGCAGGAGAUGCGUGAUGAUGACUUUUACGCAUAUGAUGAGGAUGGGACGCGCUUCUCCCAUGACAUCACGCCCGUCAUCCUGGCUGCUCACUGCCAGGAGUACGAGAUUGUCCACAUCCUCUUGACGAAGGGAGCUCGCAUAGAGAGGCCUCAUGACUACUUUUGUAAGUGUUUAGAGUGUGUGGACAAACAGAAGAAAGACUCGUUCAGUCACUCUCGCUCCAGGAUGAAUGCAUACAAAGGUCUAGCCAGUGCGGCGUACCUGGCGCUCAGCAGUGAAGACCCUGUGCUGACAGCCCUCGAGCUCAGCAACGAACUGGCGAGGCUGGCCAACAUUGAAACUGAGUUCAAGAAUGACUACCGCAAGCUGUCCAUGCAGUGCAAGGACUUUGUGGUGGGUGUGUUAGACCUCUGUCGGAACACAGAGGAAGUGGAGGCCAUACUCAAUGGUGAUGUGGACCUAUGUCCUCCGAGCCCCUACAACCGACCCUGCCUCAGCCGAGUGAAGUUGGCCAUCAAGUACGAAGUCAAGAAGUUUGUCGCCCAUCCUAACUGUCAACAGCAGCUGCUUACUAUCUGGUACGAGAACCUGCCUGGUCUGAGGCAGCAGUCUGUCGGUGUGAAGUGUUGGACAGUGUUGGGGGUCACUGUGGGUCUGCCCUUCCUGGCCAUCUCCUAUUGGAUAAUGCCAUGUAGCAAGCUGGGUCAGAUCCUGAGGAGCCCCUUCAUGAAGUUCGUGGCUCAUGCAGUCUCCUUCACUAUCUUCUUGGGUCUGCUGGUGGUCAAUGCUUCGGACCGCUUCGAGGGAGUCAAGAACCUGCCCAACGAGACCAUCACAGACCACCCCAGACAGGUGUUCAGAGUCAAAACCACCCAGUUCUCCUGGACGGAGAUGUUGAUCAUGAAGUGGGUCCUUGGUAUGAUCUGGUCAGAGUGUAAGGAGAUCUGGAGCGAUGGUCCCAGAGAGUACAUCAUGCAUCUGUGGAACGUUCUGGACUUUGGCAUGUUGUCCAUCUUUGUGGCGUCUUUCACGGCACGCUUCAUGGCCUUCCUCAAGGCGACCAAAGCCCAACAGUAUGUUGACAUGCAUGUACCCGACGAAGACCUCAGCAACGCAUCCCUGCCUGAGGAAGUCGCUUACUUCACAUACGCCAGGAACAAGUCGCCCUCAGACCCCCAGAUCAUCUCAGAGGGUCUGUACGCUAUUGCUGUGGUGCUCAGUUUCUCUCGCAUCGCCUACAUCCUUCCAGCCAAUGAGAUUGGCCCUCUGCAGAUCUCUCUGGGGCGUACGGUCAAAGAUAUCUUCAAGUUCAUGGUCAUCUUCAUCAUGGUGUUUGUGGCCUUCAUGAUUGGCAUGUUCAACCUGUACUCGUACUACCUGGGAGCCAAGUACAAUCCUGCCUUCACCACGGUGGAGGAGAGUUUCAAAACGCUCUUCUGGUCCAUCUUUGGGCUGUCUGAAGUGAUCUCAGUGGUGCUCAAGUACGACCAUAAGUUCAUAGAGAACAUCGGCUACGUGCUGUACGGGGUUUAUAACGUCACGAUGGUGGUCGUCCUUCUCAACAUGCUCAUCGCCAUGAUCAACAGCUCGUACCAGGAGAUGGAGGAGGACGCUGAUGUCGAGUGGAAGUUCGCCCGAGCAAAAUUGUGGCUCUCCUACUUUGAUGAAGGACGCACCCUGCCUGCCCCCUACAACCUGGUUCCCAGUCCAAAGUCCUUCUACUACCUGGUUCUCCGCAUCAAGUCCUGCCUGAUUCGUCUCUGCAAGGCCAACAGCCGUCGUCAUAACAACGAGUUGGAGCUGGGCAUGCUCAACUCACAGGCCAAGGAUGAACGCUUCAGGUCUUAUCCACGCCCGGGCGAGGAGUUCAUCCCAAAAAAAUCGAGAACACAUCCGACCAGAUACCAGAACAUCAUGAAGCGUCUGAUCAAGCGGUACGUGCUGAAGGCUCAAGUGGACAGAGAGAACGAUGAAGUCAAUGAGGGCGAGCUGAAGGAGAUCAAGCAAGACAUUUCCAGCCUCCGCUACGAGCUCCUGGAAGAGAAGUCACAGGCAGCCGGAGAGCUGGCUCUGCUUAUUCAACAACUCGGCGACAAGUUUGGCAAGAACACCAUGAGGCACUGACAGGACUCGCAAGAAUGAGAGAGGGAAAAAGAUGUGAAAAGAGAGGGUGAAAUCAGGGGGAGGAAGGGGCAGAAAAGCAGGGUCAUGGGAGGUAUUUUUAAGAAUUUAGAGUGGGAGAGUGAGAAAAAUAGAGGUGAUGAAAGAUUUUUAGGAUGACGGGGCUAAAAGAACACAAAAGUAAAGAAAAAUUGGAACAGAGUUAGCAAAUUUAGGCAAUUGUUUUGUAUAUGCAUUGGCUUGUUUGUUAGGAAUGUAGGAAAAUGGCAACUGUUACUAUAAUUGAACAUGAGGUCAUGGGGUCAGAGGUGAAGUGGAGUUUUUGAUGACGGCUGCAGUCAAAUUACAGACGACAUCUUCAGGGACUGAGAGUUAGGAGGGAGACAGAGUCACAGGCUGUGAGAGAGACAGAGGGAGAGGAAUGAGGAGGAAAACACAAGCACCAUGAGAAACAAUGAAGAGGCAGCGCAGGCUAGAAGACUGAGGCAGCAUCAGGGCGAAGGCAUACACAUCCACUGCCAAGAGAUAUCAGAAGAAGAGAGAGAGGGAGACCCAAAGAGGGGAUAAGACAAAAGGAAGGGAUGCAGAGUGAGAGGGGGCUGAAAAAAAAAAGAGGAGAACACUGCCAAUAUAUUUCACAAUAGAAAGACUGACUCUUCUUCUCUGUGCUCACUUCGCCUGGGGUAUAACAUUGACACCUGUGUAUAUACUGUGCAGCCCUUUAUACAGCAGGCUUUCUAAUUAAUGCACAUCUGUCCUCAAUGCACAACUUGUGAUCAGGAGACCGAUGAUUCAGGAAAAAGUGGAAAACAAGUCAUUAAAGUUUACUAAAAAAAAAUGUAACUUCAUCUCAUUUUAACGUUAGUUAGAUGCUGAUCUCUACUUACAGAUUCUACAUAAAGAUAUAGAUUCUGUUCUGGGGUGUCUGGAUUUUAGUAUGGGAAAUAGUCCUUUUGUUGUAGAUUUGUAGUCUGAGUGUGAUCAAUCACAUAUCAGCAGCCUUUGGUGUAUGCAGAAAAGACCGCCUCUAUUGGGAUCAAAAGCAGGCUAAACAAAAUCUUCCAUGACUUCCUGGCUCCUGUGAGUGAUAAUCUGACAGCAAUUCAUUUCAUUAUAUGGUGUCUUCAUCCUAAUGUAGCCAAUCGUCUGUUCUGAAUCAAAAAUUUAAAGUAGGAAGACAAAUCUGCUUUAUGCUGUGUUGCGAAAGUCAGUCAGAACUUAAAUCCUUUUAAUUGCAGGUAAAUUACUUACAAAUCAGUUUCCUUCCAGGUUUCACUGAAGAAAGCCAGUCACUGUGUAACUUACUGUUUACAGUGAAACUGAGACUCACAAGAAACAGAUUAACUGACACCCCUCGAGGGAUGUUAUGAACAAAGAAAUUAUGGCAUUCAUUAUCCAGACAAAUCUAGAUCUGAUGGGGUGAAUGUCACUUAGCUUUACUUAGAGCAUUUUGUUGCUUCUCAAGUUGCUCAUUAGACUAUAAAUAUCAUGAUAACAAUAAUAUAAAUAACAGCACUUGGAAAAGGACAUUUUGGCUUUUAGUUGUUUAUCUCUAACUGCUGUCUAGCCCUGAAAUGCUGGCCAUCAUUGCCAGAGAUAUUGCGACAGACAUAAUGUCUUCUAACCCAGAAACAGUGUCCCAAACCAAAAUAUGCUGCCAUCAACGUUGCAAUUUUGACAAACUCACAGACGGAAAAUAAAAACAGUUUAUACAACAUAAUGAAAAUCUUCACACUAUGUUCAUAGUGGAGGUCACAAUCCCAUUAUCAUUACAAAUAGACCUGGAUAAAUGUUGUGUAUAUUUUCCUGUUCAUUGGACCUUUGCGGCACAAUUUUUCUCUGCACAACACUUUUUCUAAAAUAGCAGCUGAAAAGCGACACGUCCUCCAGGAUUUGUGUUUACAGCUGGGAAAUGGAGGAGGUCAGUGCUUUCAAGGAGAACACGAAGCCAGACAAACUCCUCUGUCUGAUCGCUUUGGGGCAAACACACAUUUGAAAGAUGAGAAAAUGUGCGAGUUAUUCUAGACUCUGAGAAAAACAACAAAGCAAUCAUUUGGCUAUAAACAUGAGGAUUCUCCUGAGGAAGCUGUGUGGAUUUUAUGGUUUUGUUUUUCUUUUGGAGUCUUGUUUGACAGACUGCUGUACCAUAACUCGCUGUGGUUGACUUCACCGUAAAUGAGCUUACAGAGAGGAUGUUUGUAUCUAACAGUAAACUUUAUACAGCAGUGGAUACAACCAGGACACUACAAAUAUAAUCAGUGUUCUUCAUGUAGCAGCAGACUUUGGGGAUUUUCACCCUUAAUUAUUAUGAUAUCAAGCAGAGAUUCUUUCAGAUUAUAAUAUUUCAUUCAUAUUUAAAGUACAGUAGUGGAUGAAAAUGUAUAUCUUUUUUAAAUCCAUUUAAAUGUGACAGCUUUUGUGUUAAAUCAAUAGAUUUAAUCCAGUUAGAUGGUAAUAAUAUAUCGUAAAAUCCCUCCCUUUCCUUUCAAAACUAAUUUGAUAACCCCAAAAAUAGAACAUUAUCACGAUACAAUAAUACAAUUUCAUUAUUCUGUUAUUGUUGGGAUAUUAUCAAAUAUCAUUGGCCUGAUAAGAGCAAGGAUUAAUUUCACUGAUUAACACAUUUAGAGUGCUGUGAUUAUAAAUCAUUUGUUUUGCUAGGAAAAUAAUCCUUUCAUCUUGACAUCAUUAUCCAUUACAGGGAAACUGUAAUAAGGUACUUCAACAACAGAUAUAUCUAUAUUUGGAUCAUUGUUGGUAGUUUUUUAAGCUUACUUCUGCUACCAAGAGCUGUAGUGAGCUGAAGCACACAUUAUAAGACGGGUUUCUGUUUAUUAUAAGAAGGCUUUAAACAUAAACUUACUGAGAGAUGUUUUAGAUACACAAAUGUUGUUUAGCGUCAAGCUUUUGUUUGAAUGAAUAGUGGGACUUAAACAUGUGUCUGUAUUUAUUUGUCUUGUGUGUGUCAGAGAGAGAGAGAGAGAGAGAGAGAGAGAGAGAGAGAGAGAGAGAGAGAGAGAGAGAGAGAGAGAGAAGUUUAUGUUCUGUGAAGUCAGGCAGUCCCUGAGAACGUUUUAACAUUUCCUUCUUCUGAAAGACUAAAUUACCUGAAAUACUGUAUUUUUAACUUGUACGCAA